GUUUCUACAUCAUUCUAGCAUGCACUAAAGCCCAGCUCAAUAAGUUGGCGAUAUGUGGUUCCACUCCCUUCGUCUCCCGCUACCAUUCCCCUAUCCUCCCCGCCCGCCUCCUGCCACCCCUCGUCUCCUCCGUACCACUUCCUCCGCCAUGCAUUCCCUUCCCACUUCAGCUCACGGUCAAACCCACGAGCACCAGGCCAAGCUCGAUCCCCUAAAUCAGCGGCAAGCCAUUAUCUACCACAACCAGACCAAACACUCCCUCACCUCCGGCUAUGCUCGCGGCCCUCGCGGCCUUGAUUGGGCCAAUCAACCCAACCCUUUCCUUCGCUUUCUCUCCUCCCCACUACUACCCCUCCUCCACCUCUCCCCUCAGCCCGGCGACUCCCCUUCAUACUACUCCCUCUUUUCACACUCUCCCCCCGCCCCACCGCAGCCCCUCUCUCACUCCACCCUCUCCCGCCUCCUUUACGACUCUCUCUCCCUCUCAGCUUGGAAGACCACCGGCUUCUCUACCUGGUCCCUCCGCGUUAACCCUAGCAGCGGCAACCUCCACCCCACCGAGGCACACGUCCUCUGCCCUCCUCUCCCCCCUCUCUCCACCGAGCCCUUCCUCGCUCACUACUCGCCCAAAGACCACACCCUCGAGCUCCGUGCUUACGUGCCUUCGGACCAUGCCCCCAUUCCCGAUGGCGAAUCUUUCUUUUUUCUCGCUCUCUCCUCCAUCUUCUGGCGCGAGGCCUGGAAGUACGGCGAGCGCGCCUUCCGCUACUGCAAUCACGACAUUGGCCACGCGAUCGCCGCUGUAGCGAUUGCCGCCGCUUCGCUCGGAUGGGACGUCCGCCUGCUCGACGGCCUCGGCCAUGACGAUCUCCAUUGCUUUCUUGGUCUGGAUUCUGCAAAUCCUUCUUCGCCUCAACAGCUUCCUGAUCGUCCAGUUCGAGGUCGCUUCCCCUGGAUUGAAUCCCAGCACCCGGACUGCGUACUCGUCAUCUUCCCUUUUGGCAGGCCGCCUGCUAUUGAGUAUCAAUCCCUCAGCGCCGCCUUCUCCGGCUUCUCCUCUCUCAAGUGGAUGGGAAAACCUAAUUCGCUUAGCAAGGACCAUGUAUACUGGGACAUCAUUUACCGCACCGCCGAGGCAGUGAAGAAACCGAUCACGGCUGGCGAGGGCUUCUCUGUCAACCCAUUACAUCCCAGCGCCCUGAUAUCAGAGAAUUUGUAUAAGAAAAUUUCUGUGCGGGAACUUGUUAGGAAGCGUAGGAGUGCUGUGGAUAUGGAUGGAGUUCAGGUUAUGGAACGAAACACUUUUUACCAGAUUCUUUUGCAUUGUCUUCCAUCGGGGCAGUUGGGGCCUGGGGAGAAGCAGGGCAAGCAGUUUGCUCUGCCCUUUAGGACUAUGACUUGGGAUGCGGAAGUUCAUGCUGUAUUGUUUGUUCAUAGGGUCAAGGAUCUGCUGCCUGGACUAUUUUUCUUGGUUAGGAAUGAAGAGCAUUUUGAUAGACUGAAGAUGGCAAUGAACUCGGAGUUUGAGUGGGAAAGACCAGAGGGCUGCCCAGAUGGCUUACCUUUGUACAGGCUUGCAACAGGAGACUGUGUUGAACUUGCCAAACAACUGUCUUGUCAUCAGGAUAUUGCAGCAGAUGGGUGUUUUAGCCUCGGCAUGGUUGCUCAUUUUGAACCAGUUUUACGUGAAAAAAAUGCGUGGAUGUAUCCUCGUCUAUUCUGGGAAACAGGAGUUCUUGGUCAGAUUUUGUAUCUUGAAGCUCAUGCAGUUGGCAUAUCAGCCACUGGAAUUGGAUGCUACUUUGACGAUGACGUUCACCGGGUUCUUGGCUUGAAGGGAUUGGAGUUCCAGAGCCUCUAUCAUUUUACCAUUGGAAGUCCAGUAUUAGAUAAGCGAAUAAUGAGCCUUCCUGCUUAUCCUGGUCCAGGAAUUGAUGCAUGAUCUCAAAUGGCAAGCUUUCUUUCUUAAUGCUAUCCUGACCGUCCAU